UUUUCCAACAUAUUCUCCUUCGCCCACCUAAUGACAGUAGUCGCCAUAGCUGUUGAUCGAGUUCUCAUUGUGACGUCAUCGAAGGCACUCCCAGAUGGUCUCCUAAGGGUCUACGUCAUGGUCGCCAUAGCGUGGUUCAUCGGGACAUUGAUAUCUCUUGCACCCGCUACAGACGUCCUAUCUAGCAUUGGUUACAUCAGUGAAAUCCGGCAUUGCACAAUUAAAUUGGAAGUGUUGAAAUUUCGUGUAGUUUUCAGCAUCUUUUUGUUUGGUUUCAUGAUUCCUACGCUGGUAGCAAGCUACUCAGUAGUUGUCUACACUCUUUGGAGGCAGAAUCAGAACCUGAAGGAGUGUCAGAUAUCCGGAAGACGAGGGCGGAGUGCAUGCAGUGAUUCAAAGGGUGAAGGGAUUGAAACCAGUAUGUACACUGAAAGCAAACCAAACUCGGCUAGUAAUCUAUCAGGUGAAUACAACGACAAGAGCCUGGAUCAGUCUGACGGCGAAUCCCUUGACGCUUUAGACAAGGGCAUUCAUGAUGAUGCUUUUGAGAAAGGUGAAAAAGAACGUCCGCACGUGUCGUUCCCUAGAGAAGCAGGGAAUAAGGAUCGGGUGGUGUUCCAUAAUCGCAAAGAAAGCUCCACAUCUCUGGCCAGCAAUUCCUUGGAAGUGUCAAAGCCAGAGCGAUACAACCAGACGGAUAGGAAAGCCCUUGCUAAGCAGACCAAGAAAGAAAAACGUUCGUUGAGAGUAAAGAAGAGGAACUACAUCAUCCAGAGAAGGGUUUCAAUUAUGGGAGGGCUUCUAGUACUGGUAAUAACAUUGUGCUGGACACCGUAUGUGAUACUUCGAACCUUACAACCUGACAUUAAGGAUUCUGUCUAUGUGUUCGCCAUGUGGUUAGCCUAUUGCAUCACAGUCAUCGAUCCUGUCAUCUACGCCUUCAUGAACCAACGUGCAAGGAAAGAACUUAUCAAAUACAAGAACAUGAUAUUCAGCAAGAUGUGCUCUAAAUAACCGUCAUAACUCUGCUGAUGUGUAUCACCUGGUAAUAAAAGGAAGAGUUGAACAUGAAUUCUUCGUACUACAAACUGAAAGAAUGAAGGGAAGGGGCUCAUGCCUCCUUCAUUUUUGUAUACUCAAUUUCAUUAUUAUUCCAUCGUGUCCAAGGAUAUAACGAUAACCAUAUUUCACUGAUGCGCAGGAUUGUACUUUAUGUAAUUAAGGAGCAGUGCACAAUCGAAAAUUGAUUUCUAAGGGGUUCAUGUUUAACAAUAUUGUGUUAGGUACAAACAUUACGUUUCAUAUAUUUCAAUAUUGUCAGUUUUCCCAAUAGGACUACCGUAAAGGAGGAUCAUUGAUAUAUCACACCGUUAUUCUCUCAUUUCCCCUCUCUAUUUAUGCUCUUAGGGCUUUGUCCAAUAAUGAUUUGAUUUGACUUUGAAAAAUGCUAUGCGUCUAUAUAUAUAACAUAUAGGCGUGCAGAAAAUUGUCUAGGAACGUGAAGCGUAGCUGUACUUUACAAGUUUAUUACGAGCUUUCGGCUUGUGAGGCCUUCUUCAGGUUCUGAAGUAAAAACACAUACAAAAACAAAUACAUUGUAUAUAAACAAAUAUACACGGCGUACAAACUUAAUGCUUAAUAUCACUCAAUCAUAGUCAACCACCCGUUGUCAUGUCAGAGUUGAGAAUUCUCG